AUGCUGCGUGGUGUGGUAAAGAAUGCGUUGCGUGCGCCCAUGCGCAGCCUGACGACGUCUGCCGUGCGCUGUGCCGAGACGGAGGCAUCCAAGUACCCCAAAGGCACGAUCAUCCCUGGCUCCAAGGUCGAUCCGCAGCUGGGCAGCUACCCCGACAUGCCCGAGCAGAACCUGCAGUUUCGCCCCUACUUUAGCAGCUGGUGGGACAAACAGGACCGGCACAACUUUAAUGAGCCUGUCCAAGAGCAGGACGAUAUUUUGAACAUGUGGGCGCCGGAUGCGUACAAAACGCCCGGCCCGUACGCUUUGAAAUGCUUUUCGAUUGCCGUCGCAACCAUUGCGACCUUCUCCUACUUCCUCUAUCACAACCAGGCCGAGCUGCCUGCAUUGCGCAAGACAUUUCCCCGCGGAGGGCUUGCGCAGGAGCUGGGCGGCGAGCACGCUAGAGCCCGUAUUCCCUCGGACGAUGCCGGUGAGGACGAUGAGGAGCUCGACGAGGAAUAG